AUGGUUGCUGUUGAUGUAUCUAAUGGAGCUGAUGUACCAGAUAUUCUCUCAGAAGGAGAAACAGAUGACAGAGAACAGGCAAAACUUGAAGUAAAAGUUUGGGAUCCAGAUAGCCAUCUCACUGAUCAUCAGAUUGACCAAUUUUUAGUGGUAGCACGUUUCAUGCAAUGGAUACAUUACAUAAACACAACUAUGACCUGAGCAGUGCUAUUAGUGUUUUGGUUCCCCUUGGAGGUCCUGUUCUUUGUAGAGAUGAAAUGGAGGAAUGGUCGGCAUCAGAGGCUAGUUUGUUUGAAGAAGCCCUAGAGAAAUAUGGCAAAGACUUCAAUGACAUACGACAAGAUUUUCUUCCUUGGAAAUCUCUGACUAGCAUCAUUGAAUAUUAUUAUAUGUGGAAAACCACAGAUAGAUAUAUUCAGCAGAAACGUCUAAAAGCUGCUGAAGCAGAAAGUAAACUGAAACAAGUUUACAUACCAACUUACAACAAACCGAAUCCCAGUCAGAUAUCCAGCAAUAAUGGAAAACCAGGCGCCAUGAAUGGGGCAGUUGGAGCACCACACCAGACUCAGAACUCACUAAUAGGCCGUGCUUGUGAAAGUUGCUACAUUACACAGUCGCAUCAAUGGUAUUCCUGGGGUCCACCCAACAUGCAGUGUAGAUUAUGUGCACCAUGUUGGAUUUAUUGGAAAAAGUAUGGUGGUCUUAAAAUGCCAACUCUAACAAAUGAAGAUAGAUUUUCACCCAAUCAAACCACAGAGGAUUCAUGUGUCCGAACACAUAUGUCACGACAAGCAACUCAGGGCAUACCAGUCCGGAACACUGGUAGUCCAAAAUCUGCAGUGAAGACACGUCAAUCUUUCUUUCUUCAUACUACAUAUUUGACUAAACUUGCCCGCCAGGUUUGCAGAAAUACCUUACAACUGAAGCGAGCUGCAAGAAGACCUUUUG